UAACAGAAGAGAUAAAAUUUUCGUCCGCAAAUAAACAUGGAGUACGAUGGAAAUUAAACUGCCUUCGAAAUAUAUAUCAGGUUUAUUAAAUGACAGUAAGAUAAAGGUUUGCUAUUGUCAGUUUUGUGAUUAAUGUGACAACGAUAGAGAGUGUAGUAAUUGUAAUAUCAGCAGCAGUAAUAAUGUUGUGGAUGAGUGGAGGGGCGUGAUUUGUUGAAACAAUGCGUUAUAUGAAGAGUGCCUUAGGACUGUUGAUCAUGGCUACUCCAUUUGACAGCAGUAGACAUCGUGCCACUGGUGCCCUUACCACCUUUUACCAUUGCUGGUCGCAGCGGAGAUGAUGCUGUUCAAAGCCUCCUCUGCUACUUUCCUUGCUCUUGGAGUAGGAUUCAUCCUCGGUGCCGGAGGAUCUAUCCUGUUCAUGAAAUACACAAAUGAUAGGCAUGUUUUUGGAGUUUUGGAAAACUUGCUCAUCAAAAUCGAUGAAUUGAAAUACCAAGUCGAUAGUUUGAAAGAAGUUAAUGCUGUGAAGAGGAAUUAUUCCCCGCUGGGGAGUAGCGGAGACGAGGAGUUUGUUGAUGCGCAAGGAGGUGCAACCAAUAAUUCGGCAUCUAGGACUCGAGCUCAUCUGCGGAAAGAUAAAAGUGGGCCGUAUGAUGUGAAGAAUCCGAAAGUUGGAGAAUCCCCGACGGCCCACCGUGAGCAUAUUGAUGGCUUCUAUGAUGUUGUUGGUGGUAAAGGUGGCGAUUCCUUUUUCCUCAAAGUUGACACCCUCAUGGAAGGAACUAUCCCUGAUCGGAAGAAGGCAUACAAGCUACUCCAAGACAGCCAAGAAAAGUAUGAGGGCAAUAUUGAUUUCCAUUGGCGCCUAUCAAAAUCAACUUUUCAAAUGGCUGAAACUCACAAACCCCAAAGUGAGGAAAAGAAAGAUCUUCUCCUUGUGGCCAGAGAUUUAGCUAAUGCCUCCCUUGCAUUGAACGUAAACUCAUCCAGUGCUCACAAAUGGUAUGCAGUCAUUGUUGGCAGCCUUACUGAAUAUCUUGGGAUCCGCCAACAAAUUGAAUUGGCUUAUUCCAUCAAGUACCAUAUUGAACAAGGUUUGAAGCUCAAUCCAAAAGAUGCUUUCCUUCACUACAUGCUGGGUAGAUGGCACUAUAGGGUGUAUAUGAUGACUUGGAUGGAGCGGAAAAUUGCACAUCUCAUAUUUGACAACAAUCCCCCGCAGACGUCUCCACAAGAGACCUUAGCUCAUUUCAUGACGGCAGAAAAACUGCGUCCCAUGAUAUGGAAAGAAAAUCUAUUACACAUUGCUCGAUGUUAUGCGGAGAUGGAAAAAUAUUCUGAAGCUGUCAAAUGGCUGUUGAAAGCCAAGAAAAUAAGACGUAGUGAAAUUGAUGAUGAAAAAACAGACAAAGACAUUGAAGAUCUUCUGUCAAAAUACAUUUCCUAUGGAUAACAUUUCGUGCUGAUGUCUUUCAUGUAUGUACCUGAUGUAGAAGGCAGUAAUGAAAAGGAGCAAUGCGCAAUCAAAAUGAAAUUUUAAAGAAAGAUAAAAGUUUAUAAGAUAACUUAAGAAAAACAUGGUUGUGGGGUACGUUCUGUGAACUUGUAUCUCAGAAAUAAAAUAACAAAAAAAAAAAAUGUAAUAUAUUAAAAUGGCAUUAGAGAGCAAGAAAAAGUACUUGGAAUUCAUUAUUAUUAUUAUUAGUAGUAAUAGUAGCUGUUGUAGUAAUAUUUAUUAUUUUGUUCUUAUUUCUUGUAUUUCUAAAACAUUUUGAGAAAAAUGUGACUUUUUUGUCACUGGACAUGUGUUGGUGUAUGUGUGUAAGUAUGUAUGUCAUAUUGUGUGUGUGUGUGUGUGCGUGUGCUUAUAUGCAUUCACAUUUUUUUCUGUUGGUACUCUGAAUAAGGUUAGUAUAUUAUUUUUCAUGUUAAACUUUUUAUAUUUGUUACAGAUUUUUAUUUAGCUGUUAGAAACUGAAAUAAAUGGAACAUCAUGAAAUGUGCGUUAUGCAGCUUUGCUGCUCAUCUUAGCAGAUAAAUUUAUGAUGAGCUAUGUAAUUCAAACAUCCUACAUUGAUAUAUCAAUUUAUUUACCCACCAUUUUUUGUAAAUGUCCAAAAUCUGGAAAAAAAAA